AUACAACUUCCAGUAUUGUUAAAACUUUAUUGUGCGAUGGACGUAUAGUGCGUGUAUUGUGACAUUAUCUGAACUAUUUAAUAUGACUACAAAAAUGGGUGCGAAAGAAGUUAUACUGAUAUUUCAUAUUGUUGCAAUAUUAGCAACUCAAGCUACGGAGGUGAACGUGAGCGGCGAAUGGAAAACUGAUCUCGGCUGGGAGGUGACCUGCGGUUGGCAGACCUUGUCUAACGAUACCUUACAAUCCGUGCGACUCUACCAUAAUGGGCAACAGUUUAUGAUAUAUAGGCCAGAAAAACAUGGACCAUCGAAGACCGAGGUGUUCCGAGCCCCUGAUCACUAUAUCAACAUUGACUGUGCGGUGACCUCAGAGAGAGGUCAAACUGGAAGAUGUGUACUCACAUUGGAGCCAUAUCAGCCACCGUUAGACGAUUCUACUUAUACCUGCGAAGUCUCGGGGGAGAGGCCUAUGUUCCGCAUUGGCAAGAUGGAUUAUCUGCUCAAGUCUCUAGUGGUACCAAGUGACGCCCACUUAGAGAUCAGGGCUUCGGAAGAUCCAGCUUCUCCACGAGUGACGCUUAACUGCUCAACCGAAGGUCUGCCAGCACCCACGUUAAAUUGGAUAGUUGGAGGUGAUAAGAUACAAGCAGAUUUCAAUCGACGUGAGUGGAAUGCGACCUCAAAACUGUGGCACGCGUGGUCGUCUCUUUCAUACACAAAAACUGAUCCGACACAAACAGUCACUUGUUUGCCAGAAAUCACACGGAACAAUGAUACUAUUAAAGGGAAACCCGCUGUGUAUAACUCGGCUACUUUAAUAAGUUUUGACAAAAUAAUACUACUUACGGCAAUCCUGAAUCAUCUAAGAUGAUACAAUCCAAGGAUACUUAAUAAAACACGUUAUUUUUUUUAAUAAUUUUAAUAUCGUUGUAAAAGAUUUCCAGUUUUACAGUGGUACCAGUCAGCUAACGACAAUGUAUGAAAUACGUCUCAGAAGUGUACCAAUAAAGAUAAUUUAAAGAUUAAAUAAUAAAUUUCAUAAUUCAUUUGCAAUUAUAGGUUUUGAAAAUCUAAAAUUAUUUUGUCUUUAACGUAAAAAAUAUGUUUUUUUUUAAAUUACCAAAAACAUCACGAAGAGACGAAAUAUCUAAAAUGUUUGUAUGAUAAUUGGACAUGUAAACGUUUGUAAUAUAGAGUAACCAGACUGUUUUACAGAUUUAUUUUUUAAUAUUAGGUCCUUACAUAUGAAAUUGGCGUUUUGUAUGGGAGGAACAAAAAGUCGAAUAUUUUUA